AUGGUCACUCAGUGCGAAAACUCUCUACGGGAAGUUGCUGCUCAAGUAUACCGGCACGGGAUGCAGAACGGACACUUGGAAUGUGCAGCGUGUGGAAUGCAACGACUGACAGAAGACGGCCUCUGGCAACAUUUUCCUCUAUUUCAUGUGAACCAGCCAAAUGUGGGCUUGCAGAGUUGCUGCAUUUGUGAUAAACGAGUUUCAAACUUUGCGGUGCAUCUGCGAAACGAGCAUGGGCCACCUGGCCGAGGGGAGAUGGAAGCAGAGAACAGAAAACAGAUUCCGCUAUACUCCUUCGCGCUUGUCGUGUGUCGGCAUCCCGACGGACGUUUCCUCCUAGUGCAAGAGUUCUGCAAUCAGGGUUUCUGGUUACCGGGAGGAGCCGUAGACCCCCACGAGUCGCUCUCCUCAGCAGCCAUCAGGGAGACGAAGGAGGAGGCAGGCAUCGACAUAGAGCUGACAGGCAAGCUCGUUCUCCUUAUCGAGCAUGCUUCAAGAGAGCAAUAUGUCCGCAUGCGCUGGAUCUUUGCUGCACGCCCCAAGGAUGUCCACCAGCUGCCCAAGUCCAUCCCCGACUACGAGAGCGUCGGGGCCUCGUGGGUCUCGCUGGAGGAGAUUUCCCAGCUGAGGCUGCGGGGGACAGAACCGAUCCAGUGGUGCAACUACUUGGCGAACGGAGGGCAGGUGUAUCCCCUUUCGUUGCUACAAGACCAUGGGAAGUGA